ACGUAGCGUCGUGGGGCGCGGCGGACGAGCCCUGUCAGGCCUCAGCGGUGUGUCCUAGGCCGUAGCUCCCGCUGUCGCGCUGCAUCUGCUCCUUGCAUGCAUGUAGCUGGUACAGCUCUCAGCCGGGGCUUCGGGAGACGGUGCAGCCGCUGAGCAUCUCUGCUGAGCUUCUCCGCCGAUCCUCCUUUUCUAGCAGGCAGCUCUUCUAGGCCAGGUCCAGGUCGAGGGGGAAAAUGGCGCCCGCGCCCCUAGGAAUCCCGGAGAAGCAGUUGCUAGGGUGUCGAUCUGGAUUGCUUUCCCGGUUAUUCUUCCUUGCCCAGAGCGCUCUCCUCCUGUUGCCCGCCGCCGGAGCAGGUCUCUGCCCCGCGCCCUGCUCCUGCCGCAUUCCUCUCGUGGACUGCAGUCGCAGGAAACUGCCCGCACCGAGCUGGAGGGCGCUGUCGGGCCUGCUGCCCCCCGACACCGCUAUCCUUUCGCAUGUUGGCUGAUUUUGUGCUGCAGUUUUGAUACUUAACAGGGUUGAAAAGUUCAUUGUGAUGAAUCAGGAGAUCCUGUACUAAUUCAGAACAUCUUUGUAAGUAGCAUUCUUGAUCUAAUUUAAACUUAACUGUAAAGAGGAGUAUUUUUUCCGAAACCAUUUGAUGCCUUGUUUUCAGGCAUCUUCUUGUGGCAAAUAACCCAAAAAUCAGUUCUGUUUAUUUAUGUAUGUAAAGCAGGUACAACAGUUGAAUGAAUUCUGGAAUCUCCACUGUUGAGUUUUCACUUUGACAGGUCUUUAUUAGACAGUGGAACUUGGAGGGCUCCUCAUUCUGAGUCAGCCUGGGUAUUAGGAACAACAGCAGGUAUUAAAUGCUGCAAUUAUGGGGCCUCUUAACCACUAACAUACAGUUAUUUCUCGUCACUAACUGAGCAACACGUUUAUUAACUGACAGAUUUCUGAUGGAGUCGUUAAGAAAGAGUCAUCACUGGGCCAGCCCCGGUGGCUCACGCUUGUAAUCUCAGCACUUUGGGAGACCGAAGCGGGCGGAUCACAAGGUCAAGUGAUCGAGACCGUCCUGGCCA